AUGGCUCAACCUGGAUCAUUUUAUAACCCUAAUGACCAUCAGCGACCAACGCAGCACUACGCAGCGCCAGCAGCACCGCAAUUUCCGGCGCAAUCAGGUAUGGGCCAACAGCGCAUGCCGCAGCGCGGACCCGCGCAUCAAUUUUAUCAGAAGCCGACUGCUACGACGACACCUGGAACAGACGGAUAUCUUAAUCCACAAGCACCACCGUCCUAUCCCCAAGAUUUUCAUCAAUCAGGGAUGAACGCGGUACCUCUGGCCCAGCCGCAAUAUCAACAAACACCCGCGAAUUUUCAACCCCAUCACCAGAAUAACUUUGGUGACUAUGUGUCAAAUGUGCCGCUGCAAACCCCACCGAAUAGUAAUCCACGAGCGCACAUGCACCACCGUCAGCAGCCAGACUUUAUCGAUCAAUUCUCUAGCAAUCCGAUGGCAGGGUUGGCUAUGAACAGUGCGCAAGAUUUCUUGCAAAAGCAAUCAGAAAUGUAUCUCCCUGGUGCAUACGGUGUUUGGGGGAAUUUGAAGUACUAUUUCACUGUAAAUAAUUCUUACGUCAAGAGCCGCCUCAAGAUGUUACUGCUUCCAUUCCGUCACAAAACCUGGCGUCGCUUUGGCAACGGCGAACAAGACGAUUCCAAGCCCAUGCAAUAUGCUCCUCCUACUCGUGAUAGUAAUGCCCCUGAUCUUUACAUACCGCUGAUGGGCUUUCUCACCUACAUUUUGAUAGUGGGAUACUCUAAAGGCACUUCGAACCAAUUUAGCCCAGAUGUGAUUACUAAAGAUGCCAGUUACUGCCUUGUGAUGCAGUUGAUCGAAAUUGGUGUGCUGGCCGCAUGCCUCUAUGUGCUAAAUAGCUCAAUCUCGUUUCUCGACUUGGUCUCCUUUUCUGGCUACAAAUAUAUUCCGUUAGUGAUCAAUGCCGUUGUUUAUCAGCUACUCGGCUCAAUCGCCUAUUACGUGUCACUCCUAUACACUGGUGUUGCAGUGUCAUAUUUCACUCUGAAUUGCAUGAAGGGAAGCGUAGCGGAACCAACUCCUGAAAAUCGCCUCUUCCGAAAUUAUCUACUUUUUGGUGCAUCAUGCCUUCAACUCAUUCUCGUGUGCUGGAUUUCGUACACUACAGCUCCUGGAGAAUAA